GAAGAGCGCCGCUUUUUUUUUUUACACAUGUCAACAACCGGGCUUCUACAUAGAGCUGAGACGGACAGUUAUCAGAGGAGAUACCCCUGUUACUCCUCAGUACGUAGACACUCUGAGUUUGGAAUAAUACGGUCAGAGUUUGUCUGAACAGCGGAGUCAUGCAAGCCUUUUUGAAAGGAGCGAUGGUUCAGUCUACCAGACCUCAGAAGGACAAGACAGCAGCAGGGCCCAGUACAGAGAAGAAAGCCAAGCUUAUUCCAUGGGUAGAAAAAUACAGGCCUAAGUGUGUUGAUGAGGUGGCCUUCCAGGAGGAGGUGGUAGCAGUGCUGAAGAAGUCUCUGGAAGGAGCAGAUCUUCCCAACCUGCUCUUCUAUGGCCCUCCUGGAACGGGAAAGACAUCCACCAUCUUGGCUGCUGCCAGAGAGCUUUAUGGUCCACAUCUGUACAGACAGAGGGUGCUGGAGCUCAACGCCUCUGACGAGCGAGGCAUCCAGGUUGUCAGAGAGAAGGUGAAGAACUUUGCUCAGCUCACCGUGGCCGGGACUCGCCCAGAUGGGAAGCUGUGUCCUCCCUUUAAGAUCAUCAUCCUGGACGAGGCAGACUCCAUGACGGGACCGGCUCAGGCUGCUCUCAGGCGGACCAUGGAGAAGGAGUCCCGCACCACCCGCUUCUGCCUCAUCUGCAACUACAUCAGCAGGAUUAUUGAGCCGCUGACCUCCAGAUGUUCCAAGUUCCGCUUCAAACCUCUGGCCAAUCAGAUCCAAGAAGAGCGCCUGCUGGAGAUCUGUGAGAAGGAGAACCUCAAGUACACCAAAGAGAGCAUAGCAGCGUUGGUGAGGGUGUCUGACGGAGACCUGCGGAAAGCCAUAACCUUCCUCCAGAGUGCUGCGCGCCUUAACGUGGACAAGGAGAUCACAGAGAAAGCUGUCAUUGACAUAGCCGGGGUCGUCCCUCCCAAGAUGAUUGACAACCUGCUCCAGAUCUGCUUCACAGGCACAUUUGAGAAACUAGAGGUUGCCGUCAAGAACAUGGUGGAUGAGGGCUUUGCAGCCACACAGAUCCUGAGUCAGCUCCACGAGUCUGUCAUAGAGCAGGAGCUGAGCGACAAGCAGAAGUCAGCCGUCACAGAGAAGAUGGCGGUGGUGGGAAAGUGCCUGACAGACGGUGCAGACGAGUACCUGCAGAUGUUGAGUCUGUGUUCACUCAUCAUGCAGCAGGCCUCCCAGAACAACUAGACUUCUGCCAUCACUGGGACACUCAGACCUUCACUCACAGUUUGUUCACAGCUGUGGUUGGGGAAGUCCACCAGAAGACACCAGGUGAUAAUGGUGUUUUGCUUUCAGAGACCACAGCUGUCCAGGUGUUCUCUGUAUUUAAUCAGAGAAUCAUAUGCGAUGAGGCUUUCAAAACCUAUGUUUAAGUCACCCAUCAGAUAUCUCAUGUAACUUCUGACAGAUCUUUGUAAACUUUUGCAUUUA